CGCCUCGACCGCCCAGCGGAGCUGCGGCCGGGGGAACCCAGUUUCCGAGGAACUUUUCGCCGGCGCCGGGCCGCCUCCGAGGCCAGGGCAGGACACGAACGCGCGGAGCGGCGGCGGCGACUGAGAGCCGGGGCCGCGGCGGCGCUCCCUAGGAAGGGCCGUACGAGGCGGCGGGCCCGGCGGGCCUCCCGGAGGAGGCGGCUGCGCCAUGGACGAGCCACCCUUCAGCGAGGCGGCUUUGGAGCAGGCGCUGGGCGAGCCGUGCGAUCUGGACGCGGCGCUGCUGACCGACAUCGAAGACAUGCUUCAGCUUAUCAACAACCAAGACAGUGACUUCCCUGGCCUGUUUGACCCACCCUAUGCUGGGAGUGGGGCAGGGGGCACAGACCCUGCCAGCCCCGAUACCAGCUCCCCAGGCAGCUUGUCUCCACCUCCUGCCACAUUGAGCUCCUCUCUUGAAGCCUUCCUGAGCGGGCCACAGGCAGCGCCCUCACCCCUGUCCCCUCCCCAGCCUGCACCCACUCCAUUGAAGAUGUACCCGUCCGUGCCCACUUUCUCCCCUGGGCCUGGUAUCAAGGAAGAGUCAGUGCCACUGAGCAUCCUGCAGACCCCCACCCCACAGCCCCUGCCAGGGGCCCUCCUGCCACAGAGCUUCCCAGCCCCAGCCCCACCGCAGUUCAGCUCCACCCCUGUGUUAGGCUACCCCAGCCCUCCGGGAGGCUUCUCUACAGGAAGCCCUCCCGGGAGCACUCAGCAGCCGCUGCCUGGCCUGCCACUGGCUUCCCCGCCAGGGGUCCCGCCCAUCUCCUUGCACACCCAGGUCCAGAGUGUGGUCCCCCAGCAGCUACUGACAGUCACAGCUGCCCCCACGGCAGCCCCUGUAACGACCACUGUGACCUCGCAGAUCCAGCAGGUCCCGGUCCUGCUGCAGCCCCACUUCAUCAAGGCAGACUCGCUGCUUCUGACAGCCAUGAAGACAGACGGAGCCACUGUGAAGGCGGCAGGUCUCAGUCCCCUGGUCUCCGGCACCACUGUGCAGACAGGGCCUUUGCCGACCCUGGUGAGUGGCGGAACCAUCUUGGCAACAGUCCCACUGGUCGUAGAUGCGGAGAAGCUGCCUAUCAACCGGCUCGCAGCUGGCAGCAAGGCCCCGGCCUCUGCCCAGAGCCGUGGAGAGAAGCGCACAGCCCACAACGCCAUUGAGAAGCGCUACCGCUCCUCCAUCAAUGACAAAAUCAUUGAGCUCAAGGAUCUGGUGGUGGGCACUGAGGCAAAGCUGAAUAAAUCUGCUGUCUUGCGCAAGGCCAUCGACUACAUUCGCUUUCUGCAACACAGCAACCAGAAACUCAAGCAGGAGAACCUAAGUCUGCGCACUGCUGUCCACAAAAGCAAAUCUCUAAAGGAUCUGGUGUCGGCCUGUGGCAGUGGAGGGAACACAGACGUGCUCAUGGAGGGCGUGAAGACUGAGGUGGAGGACACACUGACCCCACCCCCCUCGGAUGCUGGCUCACCUUUCCAGAGCAGCCCCUUGUCCCUUGGCAGCAGGGGCAGUGGCAGCGGUGGCAGUGGCAGUGACUCGGAGCCUGACAGCCCAGUCUUUGAGGACAGCAAGGCAAAGCCAGAGCAGCGGCCGUCUCUGCACAGCCGGGGCAUGCUGGACCGCUCCCGCCUGGCCCUGUGCACGCUCGUCUUCCUCUGCCUGUCCUGCAACCCCUUGGCCUCCUUGCUGGGGGCCCGGGGGCUUCCCAGCCCCUCAGAUACCACCAGCAUCUACCAUAGCCCUGGGCGCAACGUGCUGGGCACCGAGAGCAGAGAUGGCCCUGGCUGGGCCCAGUGGCUGCUGCCCCCAGUGGUCUGGCUGCUCAAUGGGCUGCUGGUGCUCGUCUCCUUGGUGCUUCUCUUUGUCUACGGUGAGCCAGUCACACGGCCCCACUCAGGCCCCGCCGUGUACUUCUGGAGGCAUCGCAAGCAGGCUGACCUGGACCUGGCCCGGGGAGACUUUGCCCAGGCUGCCCAGCAGCUGUGGCUGGCCCUGCGGGCACUGGGCCGGCCCCUGCCCACCUCCCACCUGGACCUGGCUUGUAGCCUCCUCUGGAACCUCAUCCGUCACCUGCUGCAGCGUCUCUGGGUGGGCCGCUGGCUGGCAGGCCGGGCAGGGGGCCUGCAGCAGGACUGUGCUCUGCGAGUGGAUGCUCGCGCCAGCGCCCGAGACGCAGCCCUGGUCUACCAUAAGCUGCACCAGCUGCACACCAUGGGGAAGCACACAGGUGGGCACCUUACUGCCACCAACCUGGCGCUGAGUGCCCUGAACCUGGCAGAGUGUGCAGGGGAUGCCGUGUCUGUGGCGACGCUGGCCGAGAUCUAUGUGGCGGCUGCAUUGAGAGUGAAGACCAGUCUCCCACGGGCCUUGCAUUUUCUGACACGCUUCUUCCUGAGCAGUGCCCGCCAGGCCUGCCUGGCACAGAGUGGCUCAGUGCCUCCUGCCAUGCAGUGGCUCUGCCACCCCGUGGGCCACCGUUUCUUCGUGGAUGGGGACUGGUCCGUGCUCAGUACCCCAUGGGAGAGCCUGUACAGCUUGGCCGGGAACCCAGUGGACCCCCUGGCCCAGGUGACUCAGCUAUUCCGGGAACAUCUCUUAGAGCGAGCACUGAACUGUGUGACCCAGCCCAACCCCAGCCCUGGGUCAGCUGAUGGGGACAAGGAAUUCUCGGAUGCCCUCGGGUACCUGCAGCUGCUGAACAGCUGUUCUGAUGCUGCGGGGGCUCCUGCCUGCAGCUUCUCCAUCAGUUCCAGCAUGGCCACCACCACCGGUGAGUCCCCGGCCCCUGUCCUGGCUCCCUUCUCAGCUCCCCCGUGCAGCGUGACUGAGGGUUCAGGGGACCCUCCCUCUUCUGCAGGUGUAGACCCGGUGGCCAAGUGGUGGGCCUCUCUGACAGCUGUGGUGAUCCACUGGCUGCGGCGGGAUGAGGAGGCGGCUGAGCGGCUGUGCCCGCUGGUGGAGCACCUGCCCCGGGUGCUGCAGGAGUCUGAGAGACCCCUGCCCAGGGCAGCUCUGCACUCCUUCAAGGCUGCCCGGGCCCUGCUGGGCUGUGCCAAGGCAGAGUCUGGUCCAGCCAGCCUGACCAUCUGUGAGAAGGCCAGUGGGUACCUGCAGGACAGCCUGGCUACCACACCAGCCAGCAGCUCCAUUGACAAGGCCGUGCAGCUGUUCCUGUGUGACCUGCUUCUUGUGGUGCGCACCAGCCUGUGGCGGCAGCAGCAGCCCCCGGCCCCGGCCCCAGCAGCCCAGGGCACCAGCAGCAGGCCCCAGGCUUCCGCCCUUGAGCUGCGUGGCUUCCAACGGGACCUGAGCAGCCUGAGGCGGCUGGCACAGAGCUUCCGGCCCGCCAUGCGGAGGGUGUUCCUACAUGAGGCCACGGCCCGGCUGAUGGCGGGGGCCAGCCCCACACGGACACACCAGCUCCUCGACCGCAGUCUGAGGCGGCGGGCAGGCCCCGGUGGCAAAGGAGGCGCGGUGGCGGAGCUGGAGCCGCGGCCCACGCGGCGGGAGCACGCGGAGGCCUUGCUGCUGGCCUCCUGCUACCUGCCCCCCGGCUUCCUGUCGGCGCCCGGGCAGCGCGUGGGCAUGCUGGCUGAGGCGGCGCGCACACUCGAGAAGCUUGGCGAUCGCCGGCUGCUGCACGACUGUCAGCAGAUGCUCAUGCGCCUGGGCGGUGGGACCACUGUCACUUCCAGCUAGACCCCGUGUCCCCGGCCUCAGCACCCCUGUCUCUAGCCACUUUGGUCCCGUGCAGCUUCUGUCCUGCGUCGAAGCUUUGAAGGCCGAAGGCAGUGCAGGAGACCCUGGCCUCCACAGUUCGACCUGCGGCUGCUGUGUGCCUUCGCGGUGGAAGGCCCGAGGGGCGCGAUCUUGACCCUAAGACCGGCGGCCAUGAUGGUGCUGACCUCUGGUGGCCGAUCGGGGCACUGCAGGGGCCGAGCCGUUUUGGGGGGGCCCCCUCCUUGCUCUGCAGGCACCUUAGUGGCUUUUUUCCUCCUGUUUACAGGGAAGAGAGGGGUACAUUUCCCUGUGCUGACGGAAGCCAACUUGGCUUUCCCGGACUGCAAGCAGGGCUCUGCCCCAGAGGCCUCUCUCUCCGUCGUGGGAGAGAGACGUGUACAUAGUGUAGGUCAGCGUGCUUAGCCUCCUGACCUGAGGCUCCUGUGCUACUUUGCCUUUUGCAAACUUUAUUUUCAUAGAUUGAGAAGUUUUGUACAGAGAAUUAAAAAUGAAAUUAUUUAUAA